UUUCCUUUUCAGAUUGAUUUAGCUGCUCUAUAAAUAAGACCUAUAAUGCUUGUAAAGAGGAUCAUCCUUGAAUUGAAUUAAUAAAGAAUUAAUAAAGAGUUAUCUUACAAAUCUGAGUUUUGCAGAGAAGCGUAUUCUUUCAAGUCUCAAACCUCUGUUUUUCGUGUAGCAAAACAGAGUUUCUCCUCUGCUUUUCGUGAAGAAAACAGAGACCCUUGUUUCUUUAAGCUUCCCGGGAACGUAAAGAAACAAUUCCUUUUUUUUACUUUCGUGCUUCCGCUCCAUCACUCUCUCUCUCUCUCUCUCUCUCUCUCUCUCUCCACUUCUCUUUUCUCUUCGAUUCAACCGACGGCUUUAACACUCCGGCGGUGGAGCUUCACUGUAAACAACAAAAAAAAAAAGAAAGAGAGAAGAUGGUGGAGGAGACGCACGUUCUUGAGAUCAAUCUCAUCUCUGCGCAAGGUCUUAAAGAACCGACGGGAAAGCUCCGGCGAUUGCAGACCUACGCAUCUGUCUGGGUUGAUUCUUCAAACAAGCUGCGUACUCGGAUCGACCGGAUCGGCGCUGAGAAUCCGAUUUGGAACGACAAAUUCGUUUUUCAGGUCUCGCCGGACUUCCUAUCAAGCGAAACAUCAGGCGUUUCAAUCGAGAUCUACGCGGUUGGUUACCUCCGGGAUCAUCUGAUCGGAACCGUACGUUUCCUCGUAAGUAACUUCCUCCCAACCGCCGCCGUGAAAGUUCCGUCUCUCGUCGCGCUUCAGAUCCGUCGUCCUUCUGGAAAGUUCCACGGCGUUCUUAACAUCGCGGCUAUGGUGAUGGACGCUUCUGAGCUCCCCGCUGAUUUCUUCAAGUCCGUUCAAGAGAUCCGCCGGAGUCGAAAAAUGAAAAAGUCUAGAUCUGCGGUUAGCUCUUCGGAGAACGGUUUCGCCGAUGACGCUGGGAGUUCGAAAGAGAACUCGGUUUGCGGAUCUGUAAAUUUCUCCGACGACGGUACGGACUCGACGGCGUCUUCUCCGAUGCCGUCUCCUCUCAGAGACUGGAACGCAGUUCAAAAUUUGGCGGGAAAGAAUCACGUGAGAGCUUCAUCGGACGGCGGAGGAUUGAUGUGCUGUUUCUUGAUGAAAUCGUCGGGUGUGUUACCACCGCGAAGAAGAGAAAUGAUGGACGGCUGAGAUCUCUUAUCCGAUUAUUAACGGUUCAGAUGUUUUUUUUGGUUUGUAAACCAUAGAUCUUCGCCACGUGCAUCUCUAUCGACGGUUCGAUAUCUCCCUCUACAAUACGCCGUCGUGUGGGGCAGUUUUGGCGGUUAUGAGUUUUCUUAACAAAUUAACAAAUUAGAAAGUUUGGUUCUUGUUUCUCAAAAACAUAAUAUUCAUUGUUCUUUCUUGUGAACGCUUUAGAAUUCUUUUUGAUAUUAUUAACCAAAGAAUAUCAUUUUUUUU